AUGCACGAAUCAUCCGCUCUUUUAUCCCAUACAAAUACUCAUAAAGAAGUUGAUGUAGACGUUCCAGCUGAAUUUUGGAGUCUUACGUGGAUGGCAUUGCAAGUGUCACUAUCAACUUUUGCACGUAUUGUCCUUAUUUCCGUCGACAGUGCCUUCUUGGGACAUUUAGGUACUUCAUCUCUUGCUGCUGCGUCACUUUCAUCUACUUGGACAAAUGUACCACUUGCUGGUGUUUGGUCUGGAGCUACUGCUCUUGUAACACUUUGUGGUCAAGCUUGGGGUGCUAAAAAUGGCGAGUUAGCCGGGAUAUGGCUACAACUUGGCAUUGUAGCUGUCUCGAUUCUCUCGGUACCAGUAAUGCUCUGGUAUUGGUGUAUUGGCUACUUGCUUGAGUUUUCAACUGAAGAUCAAGAGGUUGUGACAUUAGGCGUGCGAUUUGCACGGAUCUUGUCCCUUAGUAUCUGGCCGUCCUUAGUGUACGCCUGUGUUCGUCUUUAUUUUCAGUCAAUGGGUAUCAUGUCGCCCGUGACAAUUGUCGGUACAUUAUCAAUUGGUGUCGCUUGUGCGGCCAAUUAUGUGCUCAUUUUUGGUGCCUUUGGAUGGGAAGGAAUGGGCUUUGAUGGCUCACCCAUGGCUACAGUUAUUGCAGCCUGGUUCCAACCAAUUGCUCUCAUUUCGUACUGCAUUCUAUACAAAAAAAUGCAUUUACAGGCUUGGGGUGGCUGGGACUUGACUGCCUUUACACCCGACCGACUCACGAUUUUUCUGAACAUUGCAGGACCAGUGGCAGCUAAUAGUUUGGUGUCCAACUUGGCCAAUUCAGCCUUGACGCUCGUAGCGGCGAAACUUGGAUCUGAUGUCAUAGCAGCUAACGCAGUCAUCUCUGGCCUUUGGUCUCUCUUAUGGGCGCUCUUUUGGGGCUUUGGCUCAGCAACGCAGAUUCGCGUGGCUAAUUAUCUCGGUGCUGGACGUCCUAAGGCUGCAAGGGUGCUGGGCUUUUUGGGAUUUUUCUGCACAGUCUGUACUGUCGUGGUGCUCGCUGUUGCCACGUUUGCAAUGCGGGAAACGCUCUUUCGGUUGUACACGGACGACGAUACACUGCUGCAGUUGUGCAUGCUGGUGCAGCCGAUCUUUAUCACGGGCUACGUGCUCGAGUCGGUGGAAAUUUUGAUCUCGUCCGUGUUGGCCGGUAUGGGUGAAGUUUCAGUCACGGCGUGGGUGAGCUCGCUAAGUGUGUGGUUCAUCGAGCUCCCGAUUGCUUACUUUGGUGGUGUCACGAUGGGUCUCGGCUUUCCGGCGUUGUGGUACGGCGUGUGCAUGAUGGAGCUGCUCAAGCUCUCGAUCUUUACGUUUGUAUUGUCACGCAUCGAUUGGGCAAAGAUGGCGGAGCGUGCUGUGAAGAACGUGGAAGCUAGCAGUGAUAGUGAUGCUUGUACCGAGCGAAAGUCGCUGCAGUAUGCCAUGACAGAAGGUGGCAAUACGCCUGGCAGUCUUGCACCAGUGGUGAGAUCUCCUGCUGCUCAAGAAAUCAUGACGCCGUGUGGACGACGACGUCAAUGGGACCAAAUUGAGGACGGCUCGUUGCUGCGCUCGCCUUUUUUCGGAAGAACACCUCGUUCCGCCGACACGGCCUCUCGGGCUUAG